AUGGAGAACAACAGCAAUGUGCAAGAGUUCAUCCUCCUGGGAUUUCCUGGCACGUGGUACUUCCUCUUCUCCCUCAGCAUGGUGUUUUCUAUGAUGUAUGGCCUGACGGUCAUAGGGAACAUGUCCAUCAUAGCCUUGGUGUGGACCACCGCACACCUCCACACCCCCAUGUACUAUUUCCUCUGCAACCUGUCCUUCCUGGAGAUUUGGUUCACCACAACCUGUGUUCCCAAAGCUGUGGGCAUCCUGCUGGGGAACAGCGAAACCAUUUCUUUCUUUCCUUGCAUCUUGCAAUUGUUCCUUCUUCUCUCCUUGGGUUCUACAGAGUGUUUUCUACUAGCGGUUAUGGCCUAUGACCGUUACCAGGCUAUCUGCCACCCCCUGCGCUAUAGCUCCCUCAUGAAUAGCACCUUCUGUACUCAGCUGGCCUUUGCCUCAUGGCUGAGUGGUUUUCUGGCUAUCUCUGUGCUAGUAUUCCUAUUAUCCAGGCUGUCUUUCUGUGGCCCGAACAUUAUCAAUCACUUUUUUUGUGACAUGAAUUCCUUGAUAGCUCUGUCCUGCACUGACACUAGUCUUGUCGAGUUGGCAACAUUCUGUGUGUCAAUUAUUGUUGUCGUGGUCUCAUGUGCUGUAACCUCGAUCUCCUACAUCUACAUAAUCUCCACCAUUUUGAAAAUUCGGUCAGCCCAAGGGCAGAGAAAGGCCUUUUCCACUUGCUCUGCCCAUCUCACCGUUGUGACUAUCUGGUUUGGCUCUGCCAUUUUUCUGCAUGUCAAGCCUUCUGCGGCAAAUGCAUUGGACAGGAACAAGUUCAUCAACAUUUUUAAUACUAUAAUAACUCCACUGCUAAACCCUUUCAUUUACACUCUAAGGAACAAAGAAGUGAAGGAAGCUUUUAGAAAGGCAUUCAGUAGAAUGUGA